UUGUAAAAUCAGACCCGAUUCUGCUGCCCUGCAUUCUCCAGCCUAAUACACAGCGUGUAAUGAAAUUCAAGUCCACUUGCUCCAGCAGUGAUGCUGUUUCCAUGAGCCAUGUGAUGCUUGGAUCGAGCAGCUGCUGCUGCUCUCUCCUUCCCCUGUUCUUCCAAUCUCAGGCUGUCAUGGCGACUCCCAACAAUGUUACUCCCACCAACUGCAGCUGGUGGCCCAUUUCAGCUCUUGAGAAUGAUGCAGGGAAAUCUGCGGAGGUUGAGGACAGCCAGGACCCGGCAGACCUCGCUCUCAGAUCCAAGGACAGGCUGGUUUUGUAUCACUGGACCCAGUCCUUCAGCUCCCAAAAGGUCCGCCUGGUCAUCGCUGAGAAGGGGCUGCCGUGUGAGGAGCGGGAUGUCAGCAUGCCCCUGACGGAGCACAAAGAGCCUUGGUUCAUGCGUCUCAACUUAGGGGAGGAGGUGCCCGUGAUUAUCCAUGGAGACAACAUCAUCAGCGACUACAACCAGAUCAUCGACUAUAUAGAGAAGAACUUCACAGGAGAAAAUGUUACGCAGCUGAUCCCCGAAGCCGGGAGCGUUCUUCACGCACGAGUGGUGCAGUACAGAGAGCUCCUGGACUCCCUGCCUAUGGACGCCUACACGCACGGCUGUAUCCUUCAUCCCGAGCUCACCACGGACUCCAUGAUUCCAAAGUAUGCCACAGCUGAGAUCCGCAGACACCUCGCUAACGCCAGCACUGAGCUGAUGAAGCUGGACUAUGAAGGGGAGCCCCAGCUGACUGAGCCGUACCUUUCCAAACAGAAGAAACUCAUGGCCAAGAUCCUGGAACACGACAAUGUCAGCUACUUGAAGAAAAUCCUCGGCGAGCUGGGAAUGGUGCUUGAUCAGAUUGAGGCCGAGCUGGAGAAGAGGAAACUCGAGUAUCGAGGGCAGAAGUGUGAACUCUGGCUCUGUGGAUGCGUCUUUACCUUGGCCGACAUCCUGCUGGGAGCCACCCUGCAUCGCCUCAAGUUUCUAGGACUUUCUAAGAAAUACUGGGAAGAUGGCAGCAGACCCAACCUACAGUCCUUCUUUGACAGGAUACAAAAACGCUUUGCCUUCAGGAAAGUUUUGGGAGACAUACACACUACCCUUCUCUCAGCCGUGGUACCCAAUGCCUUCCGGCUUGUCAAACGGAAACCCCCCUCCUUCUUUGGAGCCUCCUUCCUUAUGGGAUCUCUGGGGGGAAUGGGAUAUUUCGCGUAUUGGUAUUUAAAGAAAAAAUACAUCUAGUGCUGGCUGUGUGGUGUUUAGUUUGGUGUCUCUGUGCUGUGUGAAAUCACAAUGAAUCCUCAGUAACUGUAAUGAAAUUUGAAGCAAGAUAUGAAUAAUUAUAUUGUUGAUGUAACAUUCCAUAGUCUAGAAAUAGAAACUUAUACUGCAAGGAAAUAAGAUGCAAAAAUAAGUCAACUUGUAAAUGGCUUUUUUUAGGUUAAAGUAUUAAACUGUAGUGACUGGUGAGUGUCACACUUGGGCACUGCCUGGGCUUGCACGCCUGUUGUGGAGUGAAAUUACCUCCCGAGCAGGCAAAUUCUAGUGCAAGAGAAAUGGCAGCCCUGGAAAGUUUUCAAAACACCCGUUUAAACUAUGGGAUUUGGAUAUGUUGUGCUGUACCUUUAUGUUUUCAAAAUGUACAUCGGUCACAUCGCACAUUUCACAGAUGUGAGUAGGGGGGAUAUUCUUCUUUUAGAAACUGUUACACUCUUGUGGUCUGGGGGUUUUGCCUGGAAGCAGAGGCCACAGCAGCCCGUCAAGAUCAAGGUGGAGCUGAAAGAUUUAAUGACCAUGUUGUAUCAUUUCCAUUAAGUCAAAUAUUUUUAUUGAGCUACUCUUAGAAUGUAUCAUCUUCUGCCUCUCCUUUUACAUGUUUAACUUUGUAAAAGACAAAGAGCCAAAUUUAUUUUUCAGCAAUAUCAUUUUGACUUCCAGGCUGAAUUCUGUCUGACGGCUUUUUUUUUAAGCCGUGCAGCUCUUGGCCUUCAAUUUCCUUUCCUGGAUUUGCAAAGCACCUUUCACCAAAUGAGCUUCUCCGGACUCUGAAAAAUGCAAGCGUUUUCAGAACUUUUCUCCAUUUUCCUGAAGACGCUUUUGUUUUCUCUUCUGUGAGGGGCUCUUCUCAGUAAUUUUCUCCCUGUGUAUUUUCUUAGAGACACUUUGCACAGAAUCACGUUUAUCACUUUCUUGUGCCUUUUGCAUGUGGGAAAGAAUAAUGGCUGUCAUUACUACUCAUGCUUAGAAAACUACGAGAUCCUGAAUAAACUAGAUGGGAGGCAUAACUGCUUUGCAUUUCUAAACGUGUUUAACAUCAGUUGACUUUUAUUUCAAAGUGGUUCAGUAUUUAGGGGGGACUUUCAGGUGAUCUGUGCUGUUUCCUUGAGCAAUGUGGAUUGAUAGGAAGCCCAAAUGGAAGCAAUAUACCUUCCUUUGCAAUCAAAUCUUUCCAGUGAGAUCUGAACCUGUACAAAUUUCCUCUCCCUAGUUUUCACAGGUCCAAAUGAUCACUAGCAAAUAGCACUGCAUCGCUAGACUUGGUAGCUAACAAUAAACACUGCACCAGUGUGAGGAACCACAUUGUACCACUAAUACAAAGUAGUUUACUGUGAAAUCCUAUGUCUCAGAAAUGAAUAAUGUCGGUGGUCUCCCACCCUGUGAUUCAUGAAAAAUUCAGCAAAAGUAACAUGAGGGACCAAAGUGUUCACUUUUAGACAAAUGUGCAGGCAAAAAUGCACAAACUUAUUCCAUAUUUUCAUGAUCAGUUACACGAAUAGGCAGUCAGUUUGCAUGUACAAUCAUUUGCACACAGAUGAAUUACACAAUUCAAGCACAUGUUUUUCUGGGGAGAUAGGCCAGGACUGGGCAAGAUGUGGCCCAGGGACCAGAUCUGCAUGCCUCUCACUUUGAUCCGACCUGCGGACUACAUCUGGCUACUCUCUAUUUAUAUUCUGCUGCCCAUGCCACCAAAUUUCCAGGUGGUGGCUCAGGCAGUAGGAUCUUAUUUAAAUGGCUAAUGGCUCCCAAUUGCGGCAUUACCCCACCAGGGGCCGGAGCUGUGUUUUUAAUUCAAAGCCUCUGGUCCCAGAGAAUUCUGGAGGGAGGCUAGUCCCCAGCCCUGCCCCUUCUACUCCAGGCUGCGCCCUUUCCAGGGUGGUGCUGGCCCAUGACCACAUACCAAAAUUCAUUAAAUGGUCCCACUGUAAAAAUUAUUGCCCACCCCUGAGUUAGACCCAAGCUUCCCAAAAUGUGUGCAUGCUCAUGCACAUGUGCCUUCUUUGGUACAUGCAAAGUCCACAAGCCAGCAUGUGUGCCUGAAAACUGGGCAAUUGUACGUAUGGGUCUACUUACAUGGGUGCAAGUUUACAUGGGUCAACAUAUUCCCACAAAUAUUGUUGAUGUAUUUGUGGAAACUUGGUGAAACUUUAGCCUGAAGAAUUCAAUAUAGGAGUCACUGAAUUUGAUACACUUUAAGAAGGGCCAGGGAAGGAAAAGUCUCCCAGUUUCUUCCCCUUGUUUAAAGCUUGAAAGGGAAAAACCAAUGCAAGAACAUAGGGUUGCCAGUGCCACACUAGAGCAGAGACUAUCAACCUUUCCAGAUGACUGUACCCCUUUCAGGAGUCCCAUCUUGUGUACCCCCAAAUUCCACCUCACAUUAAAACUACUUGCUUACCAAAUCAGACAUAUAUGUACAAAAGCGUGACAGCACGCUAUCACUGAAAAAUUGCUUCCUUUCUCCUUUUUACCAUAGACUUAUAAAUCAUUUGGCGCAUAUUUCACUCAGCAGUGAGAUCAGCUGGGCUCUCUGGCUAAAGUCACCACACUAGGGAAAUACACUGCAAGCAAAAAGCAGCAAUCGGAGGGACUGGUGUGAAGGCCAGCUGGCUAGCAAAGGCACUGUGGAAAUGAACCCUGGGAUGAGCAUUAUUACCAUUCUGAGCUAGCUAUACUAAUGCACAGCCUUUAUCGUGGUGUAGUCUCCUGCUAUGAGAGGCGGUGAUGAUCAAAUGUAAUCCCAGGGCCAUACAAGCUGGCCUUUAUCUGCAAGCCUGCUAUUCAUUCCAAAUGGUUCUCUCCAUACCACUAGAACCUUAACUUGGAACUGGGCAACAGCCAGACCAGCACCCUCCUAGCCUGAGGUUUCCCAGCCUGAGGUUCUGCUGAGAGGCAGAACUGGUCACCCACUGCAGAAGUGGCACCCCAGCCCUGAGGGCAACAUGGGGACUUCAGGAACAGUCUUGGAAAAGGGGGUGGCACAUAAAAUGCAACACUAUGUGAGUGCUGCUAGGCAACUGGCCGCAGUGACGUCCUCUGCUUCUGGGCAUAGUAAUUGACAGCCGUCCUAUCCAGCAGCCAUUGCUACCCCCGCCACACCAAUUUUGCUACUGAGGUCAGGCCAGUAAGUGUGGCCACCGGUAUUUUAUGCCAAGGAUGCUCAUUCCUUGCCCCUACCCGUUUACAGGCUCCCUGGAGGACACAAGCAGGCAAGUAGCCUCACUUACUCCUUUGAACUUAGGCCCCCAUAAGAGUGUAAGGAGAAUUCCUUCUCCCUUAUAUGGAGGUGUAAGCUGAGUCACAAUGUUCUGAGUGUUUUACACUUCAUCUUAAAAGGGCCUCCACCUGGCCUUCAAUUUUGCACCUGGAUGUACGCUCCGCAUUUAAAAGGUUGAACCAUCAGAUUUGCAGAUGCAAUCAGGUUUUUAGACAUCUAAGUGCCUUUACAUUUGUACGUGCACUCCAACACUGGCCUUGCAAUUGUUUAGGAGGCAGAAAACCAGAGGCCACUGUCAAAGGUAGGCCUUUUAGUAUUCUCCAGAGAUCUGUGUUUUCUGUGGCAAUGUGGAUAUAUUGGGUCCAUGGAAUAAUCAAACCCUUCACUUUCAGCAGGCUAUCAGCAGGAGACUCCCAGUGGAUCUCUAGUUCCAGCCAUGGUUCCAGUUUAAAUGAUCUUUACUCCCAGCGUUCAGAUUUUUUAAAACGCAAAGGUUUUUAAAUCUCUUUUUCUGUGUGUUUUACUUGAAAGAUACAGUGAUGAAAAUAGUAAGUCAGUUAUUUUGUUUAGCAAUUGUUUUUGUCCUGUCAGACCUUACUAGUUUCCUUCAUUUUUCAAGGCAGAGAGGAAACUUUCCCCCCAAAAUGGUGCAUUCAAAAAUAAAACAGGUCAGAUGAUCAGGGACUGAACAUAAUAUUGGGCUUUUCCUUUCUAGGUUGCCAAUAAGAGCCAACCCAGGUCAGUAGUGUUCAAAGAACAUCCAGUGACAGGUUUGUGACUUGUGAAAUUAGUGUUAAGGUCAUAAUCUGUUUCUGAACAAGCAAAUGUCCACAUGAUGCAACUGUUGGCAGCCCCAGCAGGUAGGGUAUGGAGUGCAGGGCCAGGGAGCUAGAGUUAUCCUCUCCAAUUGGUCAUCUAAGGUCACGGUCCAUAGAUGGGGCAGUGUGGGGGAAGUUUACACUGGCACUGGACGUAUCGUGCCUGUUGGGAGACUGUACAGACAGAGGACUUGGCAUCCAGGACAACAAUCAAAAGAAAAAAAUCAUUGCAAACGUUAGUGCUUGUGAAAAUAGUUAACAUUAAGUCACACUUUAAACUUAUGCCAAGAGAAACUCUACAGCACUGGCCGACACCAUCAAGAUUUAAGCCAAACGAAUCUGAGUUGCUCCAAAAUCCAGCUUUAGGACACUACAAUAGGGGACCAAAUCUGCUAGGCAUUAUUAAAAGCCUUUAUAGAUCGGCGAGUCACUGAAUGACUAAUCCGAGGAUAAGGAAACUGCUCUGAAUAUCAGAAAUUAAAUGUCCCAGUUUGCAUCUGCAGGUAGUCCUAGCAUAAUGGAGAAUAAAAUUUGGAUCCAACUACCGCUGAAAUCAAUGACAAAGCUUUAAGUGACUUAAUGGGAUUAAAACAAGGCCUGUGGACCCAAUUCGGCAAACCACACCAACCCAACAAAGUACUUAAUCACAUGCUUAACUCCCAUUGGCUGUAAUGAAGUGUAAACACAUGUAUAAGCUCUUGUGUGAACAGGGCUGAACCUCAGCAUGUGCUUAAGGAUUUAGCUGAAUUGAUGGCUCUUUUUUGUGUGAAAUAAAUGCAUUAUAGCCAUUAAUACGUUUCACAUCUUUUGUUCUUGCUUUGGUUUCCUGGCAUGUCCAAGUAUCAGAGGGGUA